ACUGUCCGAGUGAGAAAAAGUCCGAUUUUUUUUACUCCCGAGUCUCCGAGUCCGUCUAAGAGUGUGCUUUAGGGCUAAACAUGUCUGCCGCAUUGGUUGCCAACGGCGAUUUGCUCGCCGGAAAGUCUCCGUCGCCGGCGACCGGCCGUGUUUCCUCCGUGUACAGCGAGGUCCAGGCGAGUCGUAUCGACCACGCGCUCCCCCUUCCUGCUGUGCUCAUAAACCCCUUCAAGAUCGUCGACGGUCCCCCCAGCUCCGCUGCCGGCAAUCCAGAUGAAAUCGCAAAGCUAUUCCCGAAUCUUUUCGGCCAGCCGUCUGCAAAGUUGGUGCCGAGCGAUUCCGAUGCCAACCAGCAGAAGUUGAAGAUCGGUGUCGUUUUGUCUGGAGGCCAAGCACCUGGAGGGCACAAUGUCAUUUCUGGGAUUUACGACUACUUGCAGGACCGUGCUAAAGGUAGCACAUUGUACGGAUUCCGUGGAGGGCCUGCUGGAAUCAUGAAGUGCAAAUACGUGGAACUGACAUCAGAAUAUAUUUACCCCUACAGAAACCAGGGUGGUUUUGAUAUGAUUUGCAGUGGAAGAGACAAGAUUGAAACUCCAGAGCAGUUCAAACAAGCUGAAGAAACCGCACUAAAGCUUGAUUUGGAUGGACUCGUUGUUAUCGGUGGGGAUGACUCGAACACGAACGCUUGCCUCCUUGCUGAAAAAUUCAGGGGAAAGAAUAUCAAAACUCGAGUGAUUGGGUGUCCCAAAACCAUUGAUGGUGACUUGAAAUGCAAAGAGGUUCCUGCAAGUUUUGGAUUUGAUACUGCUUGCAAGAUCUAUGCGGAAAUGAUUGGAAAUGUCAUGAUAGAUGCCAGAUCAACUGGAAAAUAUUAUCACUUUGUGCGGCUUAUGGGGCGUGCGGCUUCACAUAUAACGCUUGAAUGUGCUUUACAAACACAUCCAAACAUUACAAUUAUUGGAGAAGAGGUUGCCCAGAAGAAGCUGACACUGAAAAAUGUUACAGAUUACAUUGUUGAUAUAGUCAGUAAACGUUCUGAGCUUGGUUAUAACUAUGGUGUCAUACUUGUCCCAGAAGGUCUAAUUGAUUUCAUUCCUGAGGUGCAGCAGCUUAUCUCAGAACUGAAUGAAAUUCUGGCCCACGACAUUGUUGAUGAAGGUGGUUUAUGGAAAAAGAAACUUGCAGAACAGUCUCUAAAGCUUUUCGAAUUUUUACCUCAAGCCAUCCAAGAGCAGUUGAUGCUUGAAAGAGAUCCUCAUGGAAAUGUCCAGGUUGCCAAAAUAGAAACAGAGAAGAUGCUUAUUCAAAUGGUUGAAACUGAAUUGGAGAAGAGGAAGCAAGCUGGUGCAUACAAAGGCGAAUUUAAAGGACAAUCUCACUUUUUCGGGUAUGAAGGAAGAUGUGGUUUACCAACUAAUUUUGAUUCUACCUAUUGUUACGCAUUGGGUUAUGCUGCAGGAGCUCUCCUUCGUAGCGGAAAAACUGGGUUGAUAUCAUCAGUAGGAAAUUUGGCAGCUCGUGUUGAAGAGUGGACAGUUGGUGGGACAGCUUUGACCGCGCUAAUGGACGUGGAGAGAAGACAUGGUAAGUUCAAGCCUGUGAUCAAGAAGGCAAUGGUCGAGCUCGAAGGUGCUCCAUUUAAGAAAUUUGCAUCCUUGCGUGACGAGUGGGCCCUCAAGAAUCGUUACAUCAGCCCUGGUCCUAUUCAAUUUGUUGGCCCAUCAUCAAAUGCAGUGAAUCAUACUCUACUCUUGGAGCUUGGUGCUCAAGUCUAGGAAUGGGAUUUUUGGGUUCCUCUAUUGGUGCAAGAUUCAUAAAUCCAGAGAAAUCGAUUAAAUACUUUCUGAAUCAUUGGCACCAUUGUCUUGCCAAGUAUUUGACCGAGUCCUGAAUUGAGCUAGAAGAUUAUAUAUGUGAGAUGGUUUUCUUUCUGUUGAUAUGUUUAGCAUGAACUCAUUCUGAGUGGGUUUGAACUUUGAAGUGUCGGUUACUACCCGUCAGGAUUUUUGCGAAAUGUCACAAUGCCAAAUAAUAUUUAAUAAAACUAGAAUUUCACUGGAGAUUCAAAGUGGAAGUUUUUUGCUGA